UCAAAAAAUUCUGACAACUGACAGCAUAUACGCUGUAACCAAACAAUGUCAGUUUCAAGUGCUGAAAAAUCGGUCCUCUCUUCGUGAAAUAAGUGAAAAUUCGUGUAGACGGCCCAGAGUCCGCGAACUUCACAGGAACUCCUUUUGAAUUAAGUUUUCGCACCGAUUAAGAAAAAUAUUAGGGUGUGACUAGUUUGAUUAGUCAUCUUUUUCGAAGGAACUACAACAACUUUCCUAAACAUGACUGAACGCCAUACUUUCGGAGGUAAUUUGAGUCCGAUUACUUGCCAUGCAUGGAAUAAGGAUCGUACACAAAUUGCAAUUUCACCGAACAACAAUGAGGUACACAUCUACAAGCGUGAAGGCUCGGAAUGGAAGCUGCUGGAUGUACUGAACCAGCACGAUUUGCGAGUCAUGGGUAUCGACUGGGCGCCGAACACUAAUCGAAUUGUUACUUGUGCGGUGGAUCGCAAUGCUUAUGUCUGGACCCAGGGGGAUGAUAAUAAGUGGAAGCCAACAUUGGUUCUACUUAGAAUUAACCGAGCGGCUACAUGUGUACGUUGGUCUCCAUUGGAGAAUAAAUUUGCUGUUGGCUCUGGUGCUCGGCUGAUUUCGGUUUGCUAUUUUGAAUCGGAGAACGACUGGUGGGUAUCCAAGCACAUCAAGAAACCAAUUCGUUCCACGGUUACUUCGUUGGAUUGGCAUCCAAAUAAUAUGCUACUCGUUGCGGGUUCUACUGACUACAAGGUAAGAGUGUUCUCAGCAUUCAUCAAAGACAUCGAGCAACAUCCGGAGCCCACGGCCUGGGGACCCAAAAAACCUCUCGGCCAAAUGUUGGCUGAGUUUAAGAACUCGACCACUGGUGGAGGAUGGGUGCACAGUGUAAGCUUCUCGUCGGAUGGAAAUCGCAUUUGUUGGGUUGGUCACGAUAGUGCAAUUAACAUUGCCGAAGCAAACGGAGGAAACACGGCAAUUAAGCUUAAAACCGAAUAUCUUCCAUUCCUUUGCUGUGAGUGGAUAACAGCUCAAUCUAUUCUAGUGGCGGGUCACAGCUGUGUGCCGCUAAUCUACACUUUUGAGGGAAAUAAAAUUGUUCUGUCUGCCAAAUUGGAUCAGUCCACUAAGAAGGAACAGGGCGGAAUUUCGGCUAUGAGAAUUUUUCAAUCGUUGGAUCGUAAUUCACGCACAGAAAAUUCCGAUACCAAUUUAGAGUCGAUUCAUCAAAAUGCUAUUGCAUGUGUCUGCAUCUAUUCUGGCAACAAGGGAAGCGCUUCACGCAUCAGUACUUCUGGUUUGGACGGACAAUUGGUCAUUUGGGAUAUAAACACAUUGACCCGCUCGAUGCAAGGACUGCGCAUUUAAGAGGAUGUAAAAAAAAGAAAUGGAUAACGAGUUAUAAAAAAUAAUAUGGUUUGCUGUUGUUUCGUUCAAUAACAUAAGGUAGGUCCAUGCCUUCUCGUAUCAAUUCAGGUAAUAUAGGCUCUAUGCGUCUUCAUUGCAAUCAUCAACUAUUGGUUGUAUUUCCACCACUGAAUGCAACAUGGCAAGUCUAAAUGCCUACAUAGCUAAAAUAAGGAAUAAUAUCUCUAUCCGCACACGGAACUUACACGGGGAACUGUAAGUAUACCUUCAAUAUAUAAUUUUAAUGCAUUACUGUACUCAACGAUGAUGUUAAAUGCAUUUACUGAUACAAGUUCUUAAACAAGAAGAAAUUCCAAUGAAUAAAUUCCAUUAUAUUUUUCCGGA